AUGGACAUCACCCCUGCAGCAGCAGCAUCCACUGCUGCACCAGCAGACAUCACCCCUGCAGCAGCAUCCACUGCUGCACCAGCAGACAUCACCCCUGCAGCAGCAUCCACUGCUGCACCAGCAGACAUCACCCCUGCAGCAGCAUCCACUGCUGCACCAGCAGACAUCACCCCUGCAGCAGCAUCCACUGCUGCAUCAGCAGACACUACCACCUCACCUGCAGAAGACACAACACCUGGAGCAGCAGCCACAGCUGAGCCCACCGCAGCUGAAAUCCCAGAGACAGCCUCACCUGCUGCAUCAGUCCCUCCACCUCCUGAAACAGCAGCCAUUGUCACUGCCAAUCCACAGACAAACGCAGCAACUACAGGCUCAGAAGAGCUCGUUCCCCUGCCUAACUAUGUGAAGCUGUUGUUGCUGAAAUACCUAAACCGCCUGUGCCAGCCAAGGAGACCUGGGAUGCCAGAAGUAAUACUGGAAGGGUGUGUAAAGGAUCCAACCUGUGGGAAUCAGCCUUCACCAGGCCAGAGGCUCAUCCAGCUCCGUUAUGGGGCUGCUGUAAACCCCAGACUCUGCCUGAGGUGCAAAGUAUCAGGGUGCAAUGCAUCCCCUCCUCCUCCUCCUCCUGUCAGACCAUUCCCAGGGAACAGGCUCCCUCCUGUCAGACCAUUCCCAGGGAACAGGCUCCCUCCUGUCAGACCCUUCCCAGUGAACAGGUUCCCUCCUGUCAGACCUUUCCCACGGAACAGGCUCCCUCCUCCCAGACCCAUCCCAUGGAACAGGAGAAGAGCCAGGAGAAGCGCAAGCGAUGUCGUUAUUGUCAUCGUCUCCUAGUAAUGAUGCUUCUGACCAUGACAUUAUGUUGAGCACCUCUAGACCUGUUCAUUGUGUUCCAGAUCUGCUGCUCAUUUCUAAAAAUAUGCUAGUGGGUGUAAAUCUAAAGGUAUUUCAUCUUAAAUGAACUUGGGUUGCUUAAAUUCAGAUCUUUCGAAUCUAUGCGGCGGAUCUUGUAAAAGCCUGAACUUCAAUAAAUACUCUCAGUGACAAAAAAUAA